CCAGUGGGGUUAGGCUUCUGCCGCCGCCAAACAGGACGAAUCUGAAGCCUUCACAGAAGCACCACACGCAAGGAACAUGUCCUUCGGGACCUCCACCUUUUGAUAUCUCCAGGAGACGAGACAUCACACCGUGACCAUGACGACGGCAACUUUGGUCAGCAGUUGGCCUUCCUGUCCCCAGGGAGCCUGCUUCCCGACCAACCACAGUGCCCCAUCACCACGCAACUUCUCGGGGGCGCUAAAUGCCACCGACUGCCCCAUGGAUGAGCACUUGCUCUCUCGAGUGCUCACCGCCUUCUACUCGGUGAUCUUCCUCGUGGGGCUGGUGGGAAACAUCAUCGCCCUCUACGUGUUCCUGGGGAUCCACCGCAAGAGGAACUCCAUCCAGAUCUACCUCCUGAAUGUGGCCGUCGCAGACCUCCUGCUCAUCUUCUGCCUCCCCUUCCGCAUCAUGUUCCACCUUAACCAGAACAAGUGGGUGCUCGGCGUGGUCCUCUGCAAGGUGGUGGGGACGCUCUUCUACAUGAACAUGUACAUUAGCAUCAUUCUGCUCGGGUUCAUCAGCUUGGAUCGCUACAUAAAAAUCAAUCGGUCCAUACAACAGCGGAAGGCGGUAACGACCAGACAAAGUAUUUACGUUUGCUGUACAGUAUGGGCCGUCGCUCUGGCUGGAUUCUUAACUAUGAUUAUUUUAAACCUCAAGAAAGGAGGCCACGAUCCCACAAAGUGUUUCCAUUACAGAGAUAAAAUGAACGAAAAAGGAGAGGCGAUUUUUAAUUUGGUUCUUGUGGUGAUGUUCUGGCUGAUUUUCCUACUCAUAAUCCUUUCCUAUAUUAAGAUCGGCAAGAACUUGCUGAGGAUUUCGAAAAGGAGGUCCAAAUUUCCCAAUUCUGGCAAAUACGCUACGACAGCUCGCAAUUCCUUCAUCGUGCUGAUCAUUUUCACCGUGUGUUUUGUCCCUUACCACGCCUUCCGCUUUGUCUAUGUUUCCAUACAGCUUAACGUGUCGUCGUGUUAUUGGAAGGAGAUCGUUCACAAAACCAAUGAGAUCAUGCUGGUCUUCUCCUCGUUCAACAGCUGCCUGGACCCGGUCAUGUAUUUCCUGAUGUCCAGUAACAUCCGCAAAAUCAUGUGCCAGCUUCUCUCUCGAGGGUUCCAAGGGGACUCGAGCCGGAGCGAAAGCACCUCAGAGUUUAAGCCAGGGUACACCCUCCACGAAACAUCAGCCGCGGCGAAAAUUCAGACCGGCUUCUAAAGCCUUUUUGGCAAAUGCAUGAAAAAGCCUCUCCAUUCCUUGAAGAAUGACACAUUGUCCUGAAUGAAACGCUAGCAUUUGCAAGGCUCAGAUCUCCUCCGUGCUCCUUUCUUGUUUGCGACUAGAGGCCCGGUGCAUGAAAUUUGUGCAUGGGUAGGGUCUCUAGGCCUGGCAGGCAAUCAGGGCUGAUCAGGGC